AUGGGAGAAUGUCCAGUUUAUCAUCAAGGGAUUGCAGACUUGGUUGGCAUGGAUCGCUACAUUAAUGAUACUGUUUGGGACCUUAUGUGUUUACAUAGAGCAUAUGGUGAUGUUUCUGGAACAAACGAAGCACAAUAUUCCGUUUUUAUAAGAGCCGUUCUUGUUGGAAUCAUCCACACCUAUAACCCUGCAGACAAUUAUCUACUCCUUGAACAAAAGGUAAUUAUGGGAAUUUAUGGAAUGGGGCCUGUUGACUUUGUAAUCAAAAAAGGAAACCAGUUUAUUGGUGUAACAGAAGCAAAAAAAGAAGCCAUUAGCAAAGGUUUCGCACAAAACCUGAUCCAGUUGCAUACUUCAUAUAUGGAAAAUCAAAAAAGAAAUGAUAAUGAAGAAACUGAUGGGUUACGAGUUCUAUUUGGAAUUGUUUCCACAGGUUCGCAAUGGUUUUUCAUCAUUUAA